UGUGCUUUUAAUAAAAUAAAUCGAAAAUAAGAAAUGUUGUUGCAGACCAACGCUAUUCAGUAGCAACUGUUGCUUGUUGCCGUACAGAUCGUAAAAACAAUCUAAAAAUCUCAGCAUUGCGGCUGUAAAUGUAACUGCAUACCGCUAUCAGUAACAAAAAAUAAAACAAAUUAUAAAAUCAAAUACAUAUUAAAAUUGCAUUUAAAGCAGAUCAAAAAAACAAAACAAUAAAUAAAUAAAAACGAAAGUAUUUGUUGGUUGACACCACAAUCUGAUUUUGGCAAAGGAGCUAGAAAAUUAAUUAUUUUAAUUUAUAUGUUUAUUUACUGAUUGUGACACAUUUACGAGUACAUACACUCAAUCGUACGUCUGUUUAUGUAUGGAUCUGCUAGAUACCUUACACAUAAGUAUUUGAUACCAAAAUAGAACAAUAGAGUUCAAAAAACGUUUGUCAAGAGCAACAACAGCAGCAGCAGCAUCAUCUAGAAAAACAAAACAAAAUGUUGAUCAAAACAAUACAACUGUUGAACAAUGGUUCCAAACUACCAUCAGCAGCACUGAAAUAUAAUUUUCGCUUGACUUAUCGUGCAUUUGGCUCCUUUCAAUAUGGAAAUCCAAAUCAACUUACGGCAGCCGUCAAGUCCUACGUCGAUGAAUGUAUAGACCUUUGUCGACCCGAUCAAGUACAUAUUUGCGAUGGUUCUAAAGAUGAAAGUUCUGUGCUGAAAAAACUUAUGGUUAAGCAGGGCACUAUUGUUCCUUUGUCAAAAUAUGAAAACUGUUGGUUGGCUCGUACAAAUCCGGCCGACGUUGCUCGAGUAGAAUCACGCACUUUCAUCUGCACACCACAGAAAGAGCAAACAGUGCCGGUGACCAAUGAAGCCACACCGGGUGCUUUGGGUAAUUGGAUCUCUCCGGAAGAUAUGCAAAAGGCUAUAAAAGAGCGUUUUCCCAACAGCAUGAAGGGCCGCACUAUGUAUGUAAUACCCUUCUCUAUGGGCCCGGUCGGAUCGCCACUUUCAAAAAUCGGCAUCGAGAUUACCGAUUCCCCUUAUGUAGUAGAGUCUAUGAAAAUCAUGACUCGUGCUGGAUCCAAGGUUUUGGAUGAACUUCACAAGGGCGAUGGUGAAUUUGUAAAGUGCUUGCAUUCUGUAGGUUCUCCCGAGAAUGGCAAAAUUCAGGUGCCUUCAUGGCCUUGUGAUCCAGAAAGAACUAUAAUUUUGCACAAGCCGGAAAGCAAUGAAAUUGUUUCAUAUGGUUCAGGCUAUGGCGGUAAUUCACUGUUGGGUAAGAAAUGUUUUGCAUUGCGUAUUGGAAGCACCAUUGCCAAACGUGAAGGCUGGUUGGCGGAACACAUGCUAAUAUUGGGAAUCACAAAUUCCCAGGGCAGAAAAAUCUAUAUUGCUGCGGCCUUCCCCUCAGCUUGUGGCAAAACGAAUUUGGCCAUGAUGACUCCUACUUUGCCGGGCUAUAAAGUUGAAUGCGUGGGCGAUGAUAUUGCCUGGAUGAAAUUCGAUAGCAAUGGUGUUCUAAGGGCUAUAAAUCCAGAAAAUGGUUUCUUUGGUGUGGCACCUGGUACUUCCAUGUCCACCAAUCCCAUCGCCAUGAAAACCAUCUUUAAAAACUCAGUGUUUACAAAUGUAGCCUCAACGUCUGAUGGCGGUGUUUAUUGGGAGGGCAUGGAGGCUUCUAAUAUUAAUGGCGUUACUGUUACCGAUUGGCUGGGCAAACUAUGGUCUCAAGAAUCCGGUAAAGUAGCAGCUCAUCCCAAUUCGCGUUUCUGUACUCCUGCCCAACAAUGUCCCAUUAUUGAUCCUGCCUGGGAAGAUCCGGCAGGAGUGCCAAUAAGUGCCAUUCUAUUUGGCGGUCGGCGACCUGCUGGUGUACCUCUAGUUUAUGAGGCUCGCAACUGGAAGCAUGGCGUCUUCAUGGGUGCUUCAAUGCGCAGUGAAGCUACAGCAGCUGCCGAGCACAAAGGUAAAGAAAUUAUGCACGACCCCUUCGCAAUGCGUCCCUUCUUCGGUUACAAUUUCGGUGACUAUCUACAACAUUGGCUCAGUAUGGAGUCUCGUGGUAAUGUGCCCAAAAUCUUCCAUGUCAACUGGUUCCGCAAAGGUAACGAUGGUAAAUUCCUUUGGCCUGGCUUUGGUGAUAAUUCCAGGGUACUCGAUUGGAUUUUCCGUCGUGUUGAUGGUGAAGACAGCUAUAAGGACUCUCCUAUUGGUUUACUACCCGCAGAUGACUCCAUAAAUACAGAUGGUUUAGCUGGCAAAGUAGAUUUGAAACAACUUUUCCAUUUACCUAAAGAUUUCUGGCAACAAGAAGUGGCCGACAUUGAAAAAUACUUUAAAGCUCAAAUUGGUUCACACUUGCCUAAAGAUAUCAACAACGAACUGCAAGGCUUAAAGGAACGAAUUAAAAAUUUGUAAAUAUAUAGCGGUACUAAGAUAGUAAAUCCCGUAGACUGAUACUUUUUCAAAUUAAUUAUCCAAAAUGUAAAUAACGAAAAUUUUAUAAAAUCAUCAUCUUUUUUUGUUUUUAAUGUAAAUAAAUAUUGUAAGAAAACUGAAAUGAAUAAAUAAACGAAAAACUGAAUAAGUAAUGUUGAUAACA